CGUUUCACUUGUUCAAUUGACAGUCCAAAAUGCUCUCACGUUACCCCUUUUCCCUUAUUCUUGCAACGACUUUCAUUUUCUCGUUAAAAGAAUCUUUCCGGCGGCCUUGUCAACGUCGCCACUACCGCGGUUUGCCACCAUCCAAGGUCAAACACCAUUGCCGCCGCCACCGAACCCGGGCGCCGCCGCCAAUCACGGAUGACGACGGGAAAGGAGGAGGAGGAAGAAAAAACUUAUCCAAACAAGGUCCUAAUGGAGUGUCUCCACUCAUGCCGUUACAAGGACAAAAUAAUAUCUCUACAAAGCGCAGCACAGGAUCAAGACAGGCCAGAACCUAUUAUGGACUGAGGAAGGCAUUCAAGUUAGCGCGUAUCGUUCAUCCAAUCCAAAAGUUGAGGAUCAUCAGGCUUUGAAUCCUGUAGCUGUCCCUCGCUUUCUGGAGUUGGUGCGCCAACAGGAAUUGGUGGACCUUCGGGAGUACUUCCAGAAGUUCCCUUGCAUCAUCUGGCUAUUGGAACAAGCCGGGGACAUUAUCGGGUUAUAUUAUGCGCAAAUUCAUUCUGUUGGGUAAAAAGAAAACACAUUCUAAUACAUCUAUUGCAAGAUCUGUAUAUCUGAAGUCAUGGAAAAUGGAAUGUUGACUCGGUUCAAAUUGUGUCUUGGGUAAUGAACUCUUGAAUAAGGGAAAACUGCUUUCUUCACACGACCUACAGGGGAUCUUGCCUGGAUAAUUGCUAUUGCCAAAUCAUAAAACUGCAAUAAUUGUGAAUGCACGACGUUAUGGCGAUCCUACGAAGUGAGUGAUUAACAGCAUGGUAUAAUUAAGGAUGUGUUUUCAUGAGUAUCAAUCAUAGGAUUACAAUUGACUAAUCACAAGAGCAUGUUAAAACCUCUUUAAUCUUUGCCCCCUUGGCUCAAGAAAAGACUCAAUUACUUGAUUUUUGGAAGAAAUGAACAUAGGUAAAUCCAAGAUGAUUAAAACAGUUUGACAAAAUUUGAGCACUUCUGCUUCUGCGCAACUCAAGAGAAAAACGUUAAAGAAACAAAAAUUUUAAAAAAACUUAAGGUCUGUGAACAUUCCAAUGGUCUUCGAAUGUUCCUCUUUGACUCUAUAAAUGAUACCGUCAUGAUACCCUAGUCGGCUACUUGGCUGAAUGCAAAAGCUUUUUCCUAGAAACUUUCAAGAUCCUCUCUUUUACGCUAAGUCCACUAAGAAAAAGGCAGAGGGAAAGGCAAAGUAGCAAGGUUCAUUGGUCCUAAAUGCCAAUCUCUUUUUCUAAGUUUUAUCAAGUAGUAAUUUUUCCCCUCAAUUUCUUUCCUUUUCACAACUUGCUUUCAUCCCCCCAUAAAAACCUCUAGUGUUGGCUAAUGGUAUUCACUCUCUUCUCUGGAAUAGUUGUGACUGUACACACUCCUUUGAAGUUCACUCCGCUUGUAAAUUGUUUGACAAAAAUGAGGUGAGAGUCAUGAAAUCAGCUUCCUCCUUGUUUCUGCUUGAUGGGUCCCCUUUUCUAGCAUCCCUCUGUUAAGUCUGUAUGGUUUUCUGGUUUGCUGUUUGUUCUGCUAUAUCAUUGAUUACAGUCAAAUUCUACUUCUCAACAUAACCAUCAGACUUUCGCUUACAAAUUUCGUUACUUCUAAUGCAAAUGUUCUCUAAUAUUAUGGACCCCAAGAAGAAAAACACAAAAGAAUUGUCAUGUCAAUGUGGCCAAAAAGUUCAUGUUGGUGCUAUUUCAUAUCGCGCUGAUCAGUUCAUGCAUAGAUUUGCAUAUCCAUAUCUGAACCUGUUUUGGAAUUAGGUUCUCCUUCAUUUCCCGCCAUAUACAAAUAACCAGUUGCUCACUCUACUAAAGUUCUAUUGUUCAGGCAUUUUAAUUGGUAAAUUAUAGCAGAAGAUUUCAUUCUCUACCUAGACAACAAUGGCUAAUGAGAAAGACGCAGAUGAACACUCGCGAACAUACCUAAUAGAUGAGCUCACAAGUCGAUCCCCAGUGCUGGAGACAGCAAAACAAGAUUCAAGUGAUUCCGAGGAUAAAGAGGAUCUCUUCCCUAGAGUACCGUUUUACAAGCUUUUCUUGUUCGCAGAUCCAGUGGACUAUGUUUUGAUGCUCGCCGGUUCUAUUGCAGCUGUUGGGAGUGGCAUCAGCAUGCCCCUCAUGACUCUAUUUUUUGGACAACUGGUCAACUCUUUCGGUGACACCGGAAAUACCAAAGAAGGGGCAAAUGCAGUUUCCAAGGUUUGUCUGAAGCUUGUUUACUUGGCUGUUGGAUCCGGUGUUGCAGCUUUCACACAGGUAGCUUGUUGGAUGGUCACUGGAGAGAGACAAGCUGCAAGAAUAAGAAGCUUAUACUUGAAGGCAUUGUUGAGGCAAGAAAUUGGCUUCUUUGACAAGGAAACGAAUACGGGUGAAAUCAUUGGAAGGAUGUCAGGCGACACUGUUCUUAUCCAAGAUGCCAUGGGCGAGAAGGUGGGAAAGUUCAUACAGCAAGUUGCCAUAUUCUUCGGAGGCUUUGCUAUUGCAUUCAUCAAAGGGUGGCUUCUCACGCUAGUUAUGCUAGCUUCAAUCCCUCUCCUCAUCUUGUCCAGUGCCGUUUUUAACAGAACUCUUGCAAAGCUGGCUUCUCGUGGGCAAACCUCAUACUCACAAGCAGCAGCUGUUGUAGAGCAAACAGUCGGAUCAAUAAGAACUGUCGCGUCGUUUACAGGAGAGAAGCAAGCUAUUGCUAGGUACAAAGAAUCUAUGACUAAAGCCUAUCAAUCUGGCGUGCACGAGGGCUUGGUCUCAGGGAUGGCAUUUGGUACACUUAUGUUCGUCGUGUUUUGCACUUAUGCGUUGGCGGUUUGGUUCGGUGGGAAGAUGAUCCUUGAGAAAGGGUACACAGGGGGGGACAUUGUCAAUGUUGUUCUCGGUGUAUUGUCUGGAUCCACGGCCCUAGGACAGGCAUCUCCAUGCAUGAGUGCAUUUGCUGCGGGACAAGCAGCGGCGCUCAAGCUGUUUGAGGCAAUCAACAGGAAGCCACAGAUAGAUGCUUACGAUCCUUCAGGACGAACACUAGACAACAUUCAUGGUGAUAUCGAACUAAGGGAUGUGUAUUUCAGUUACCCUUCUAGGCCAAAUGAACAAAUAUUUAGCGGAUUCUCUCUUUCCAUACCUAGUGGUACAACUACUGCUUUGGUUGGAGAGAGUGGAAGUGGGAAAUCAACCGUUAUCAGCUUGAUCGAGAGGUUCUAUGACCCGGAUGCUGGAGAAGUUCUUAUGGAUGGCAUCAAUCUCAAAGAGCUUCAGCUCAAAUGGAUUAGACAAAAGAUCGGGCUUGUCAGUCAAGAGCCGGUGUUGUUUACAUCUAGCAUUGGGGAAAAUAUUGCAUAUGGUAAGGAAGGCGUGGCUGCCGAAGAAAUUAGAGCAGCUGCUGAGCUUGCAAAUGCCACUGAAUUCAUUGACAAACUACCUCAGGGAAUUGACACAAUGGUUGGCGAGCACGGAACUCAGUUGUCUGGAGGACAAAAGCAAAGAGUAGCAAUAGCGAGAGCAAUUCUAAAGGACCCGAGAAUUUUGCUUCUAGACGAAGCCACGAGUGCCCUGGAUGUAGAAUCCGAGAGGAUUGUGCAGGAGGCACUUGAUAGGAUCAUGGCCGACCGGACAACUGUCAUAGUAGCCCACCGACUUAGCACAAUAAGGAACGCAAAUACAAUCGCCGUGAUACACCAUGGCAAAAUUGUUGAGAGAGGUUCUCAUUCUGAGCUGGUCAAAGAUUGCAAUGGAGCAUACAGCCAGCUUAUACGACUGCAAGAAAUUGCCUCUGUGUCGGAACAAAAGGAGACGGUCAAUUUGGGUGAGCAGGAAAUAGCUGGUGAUUCCUUGAGAAAUUCAAGUCGAAGGAUGUCCUUCCGGCGUUCAAUCAGUCAGGGAUCCUUGACUGGAAGUACCAGUCACCGCCUGUUUUCAGACAAACUGACUAAUAAUUCUUGCUCGGAAACAACGAAAAGCCUUCGGAAUGUUUCUCUCCGACGAGUGGCUUAUCUAAAUAAGCCAGAAAUCCCAGUUUUAGUGCUGGGAACUUUAGCAGCUGCCGCAAGCGGAGCAAUAUUUCCCAUGUUUAGCAUUCUCAUCUCUGGUGUAAUUAAAACUUUCAACGAGCCACCACAUGAGCUCCGCGAAGGAACAAAGUUUUGGGCUUUGAUAUUCCUUGCUCUUGGUUCGGCGUCCCUUUUGGUCCAUCCGAUGAAAUCCUACUUUUUCACCGUGGCCGGGUGUAAAUUGAUCGCACGAGUCCGGACUAUGUGCUUCAAGAAGGUGGUUCACAUGGAAAUAAGUUGGUUCGAUGAAGUGGAGCAUUCAAGUGGUGCCAUCGGUGCUAGGCUCUCUGCUGAUGCAGCCGCUUUAAAAAUUCUGGUUGGGGAUGCGCUCGGUCUGAUUGUUCAAAAUAUUGCAACUGCCAUUGCAGGUUUUGCUAUUGCUUUUGUGACGAAUUGGCAGUUGGCUUUUAUAAUUCUCUCCUUGUUUCCUUUCUUUGGAAUCAACGGUUACGUUCAAAUGAAAUUCAUGGCAGGGUUUAGCACAGACGCGAAGAAAAUGUAUGAGGAAGCAAGUCAAGUUGCGAAUGAUGCGGUGGGAAGUAUCAGAACAGUUGCUUCUUUCUGUGCUGAAGAAAGGGUGAUGGAUUUGUACCGGCGAAAAUGUGAAAGCCCGAUGAAGAAAGGAAUAAGGCAGGGACUAAUAAGUGGGAUAGGAUUUGGGUCGGCCAUGUUUUUCCUUUACGCAGUCUUUUCAUGCAGCUUCUAUGCCGGAGCCCGGCUAGUCGAGCAAGGCAAGAUGAAGUUCUCUGAUGUUUUUCGCGUUUUGUUUGCUCUUGAAAUGGCAUCAGUCGGAAUCACCCAGUUGAGUUCUAUUUUUACGGAUGCUGCCAACGCAAAGGGCUCGGCUGCUUCCAUAUUAGAGAUCCUUGAUAGGAAAUCCAUUAUCGAUCCUGGCGACGACUCGGGAAUAACAAUAGAAAAUCUCAAAGGAGAGAUCGUGUUCGACCAUGUCGGUUUUAGCUAUCCCACCAGGCCCAAUGUCCAAAUAUUCCAAGAUCUUUGCUUGGCAAUUCCUUCCAGCAAGACGGUUGCGCUUGUUGGAGAAAGUGGGAGCGGAAAAUCUACGGUUAUCUCGUUGUUGCAGAGAUUUUAUGACCCUGAUGCGGGUAACAUUAUGCUCGAUGGAAUUGAAAUCCGGAAACUGCAGCUGAAAUGGUUGAGGCAUCAGAUGGGCCUGGUAAGCCAGGAGCCCGUGUUGUUUAACGACACCAUUCGUGCCAACAUCGCGUACGGGAAGGAAGGGAUCGCAACGGAGGCUGAAAUCGUAGCUGCUGCAGAAUUAGCCAAUGCAAAUGGGUUUAUUAGCAGCUUACAGCAGGGUUACGACACGAUAGUAGGCGAGCGAGGGAUCCAGCUUUCUGGUGGACAGAAGCAAAGGGUGGCCAUUGCGAGAGCCAUAGUGAAGGCGCCAAAAGUGUUGCUACUUGAUGAGGCGACGAGUGCUCUCGACGCCGAAUCGGAACGGGUAGUCCAGGAUGCAUUGGACCAAGUCAUGGUGAACAGAACCACCAUCGUCGUAGCCCACCGCUUGUCCACGAUCAAGGGCGCCGACAUGAUCGCCGUGGUGAAAAACGGAGUCAUCACGGAGCAAGGGAAGCACAAAAGUCUGAUUACGAUAAAGGAUGGUGUGUACGCUUCGAUGGUGGCACUGCAUUCGAGUACUUCAUCCAAGUGAGCAGAUUGUGUUGUUCUCCUAAUUUUCCCGGAUUCCUUCCCAGCUUAUAAACUACAGAUUGAAUGUUUAGAGUACAUGAGAAAGUUCUCGCUCUUUGAUGCA